CACAAACAAAGGUAUCUAAGAGUGCUGCCAUAAUCAUUUCCUAGACUGAAGGAGAAGACCUGUGUGGUAUACAGGGAAGGAAGAAAUUACAUUUUUUAAACUUUCAAAUUCUAGAUGAGCUUAUUUUUCUCUCCAGCAAUACAAUAAUCUUACAGUUUCUUCUGCUGCUUUCAUAAACCACUUCCAAAGUGACCAUGAACAGUUCGGGUGAAACUGAAGCCGCAGCCAUCCUGGCCCAAAUUAAGAAACUUAUCAAGUCUGGCAGCCAGGUUUUAGUAGAUGACCAUCAUGAAAGAGCAUUGUCCAUCUUCAAGAAAGCCUACCUGCUUUCUUUAAAGCUUCCUGAAGGCCAGGCCCAAAAGGCUUGUCUGUUUAACCUGGGUGCUGCCUACAUUGCCGUGGGCAAAGCCAAGAAGGGCCUGAAGUGCCUGAUGAAGUGCAAGCUGAAGGAGCCCGAGGGGAGGGAUGCAGACAUGUACUUCAACAUCGCCAUCGCCUACGAAGAAAUGAAGGAGUACUCCAAGGCCGUCAGGUUCUACGAGAAGGCUGUGAAUGACUAUGGAGCUCACCAGGCUGACAACACCGCGGAUGCCCUGAUAAAGCUGGCUUACUGUUCCGUGAAUCUGGAGGACCCUGCAUCGGCUGCACACUCCUUCAGGCUGGCCGGGCAGUCUUACCAACAGGCUGGGAGGUGGGACUACGCAGCUAUGGCACUGAGGGAAUGUGCCAGCUACAUGAUCCAGAGCCAGAGGUUCUCUAAAGCAGAAGUGCAGCAGGUUCUCAAGGAGUGUCAUCAGAUAUGCAAAGGAAUAACACAUUCAAGCCUAAAAGGAAAGCUGCUCAAUGACAUCGGCCUACAUUAUGUAGAGCUGAAGAGUUUUAGCCAGGCAGAAGGGUGUUUCACUGAAGCCUUGGGCAGCUGCUCUGGAAUGAGUUUCAGCAUCAGGAAGAGGGCUGUGCUGCUUCAGAACACAGGGGCGAUCCACAAUGCAAUGAACCAGUACGAGAUGUCACUCAAAUAUCACGCUGAGGCAGCCGACAUGUACGGUGCCCUAGAGGAAAGGAAGGCUCAGGGUGAAAGUCUGUGCAAUCUGGCCUAUGCAUACAGCCAGAUGAAGAAUUAUAAAACAGCAGCGUUCUAUUACCAAGAGGCCCUGCAAGCUUUCAAGGAAGUAGGUGAUCUGCAUGGGCAGUGGCAGAUGUGUGAAGGAUUAGGAGCUACUCAUUUCUGCCUUGGCAACAUGGACCAAGCCGUAUCUUAUUACAAACAAGCACUGGCUGUGUUUGGACAGUCAAAGGAGAAAUCCGAGGCUCCCAGGGAGAGGAUCUUGGGUAAAUUGACAGAUACCAUUAAGUACAAUGUGGCCCUGAAGCGAUCCCACCCACACAACCAGAGCUUCCCUCUCCCCAAUGAGAUGCCUCUAACCCCAAGACUUGCAAAAGAAAACAGAAACCCUUCAUUCAGUGAUUCGAAUGAAUCUGUGAAGGCGAGGACUCUCCAGCCUCAGCUAGGAAACACAGACAAUGUGAUAUAAACGGAAAGCAAGAGCAAUCAAAGGAAAAUGUAGAAGCACACCGACGAUCGACUCCAGCGAUCCAUUAGACAAGCGACAGAGGAAAAAGUCGGAUGAAUGAAUCCUGUUUUAAAUACCG